UUGCCUUGAUUUUUAAUGCUUAGGCAUCAUGUUGUUGUUAAUGUGCUUUGAUAUAUGACUUUAAAUAUCUCUCUCAUUUAAGAUUCCAUGUUAACCCAAGCAACCGAAAAUUCAAAAACCUACACAAAUAUGACCUAGCAAUUGAAUUGAUGUUGGCCAAGAUAGGGGAAUAGGUACGACCACAAAAAUAUGUCCACCUAAAGCAACCAAUCAUGGGCAAGCACAAUAUAGGCUACACGGAAAAGAAGAAAUCAACAAGCCAUCGAUCACCUCGGCAAAGUUGCCUUAAGUUUUAAUGCUUAGGCAGCAUCUUAUGGUUACUGUGUUUUGAUACUUUCAACAAUGAAAUUUAUGAAAUGCAUGAGAAUCUCUCUCUCUCUCUCUCUCUCUCUCUCUCUCUCUCUCUCUCACACACACACACACACACAACCCCAUACAAAGACAUGCCUGCACAGCAAAAAGCAGGGCAGAGGGAAAAUGCAGAUGCCUUCAUGAACCUCAACAACAUGGGAACUUUCAAAAGAUUCAAAUUGACAGUACUUGUUGAACCACAACAGAACGAUUAUGCCACAUGGACAAUUUUGUCAUGUAAAAGCAGAGUUGCUAAAAAGAAUCCAGAUAGCCAAUCUCAUGAAAAUUGAAUCAGGUUUUCUCAAGUUCAGUGAGAUAUAGCAUUCCCCUAUCAAAGUAACUAUGACAAAAGCUUCAUUUGGAUGUAUGUCCAUAGCUUAUUACAGGAGUUCAUCAUUUAGGGGGCCAACGAGAGCUGAAACAUGUUGUUUCAAGUUUUAAAGUUUGAGGAAGACAAAUUAUCUGAUUAAAUUGCAAAUACAACUGUCAUUAAAAGAGAUGUCUAGAGGAAUCACAAUCAAAUAUAAUAUCAACAAGAAUUCUUCCUCUCUUUCGAUUGGUGGCAACACACGCACCCAGUAAGGAAAAACUGCUCAAACAAUGUCCUUGUUAGGCUUUAGCAUCCCAAGAACAAGUCUAUAUGCAUAAUAACUGAUGACCCAAAACUACAACUACUACAAAAGCUUCACUUGAAGUUUUUCAAUUAACGUCUAUUGUAAUGCAACUUGUGAGGGCACACAGAAACCAACAUCAUGGCAGAAGCUGCUCCAAAUAACCAGAGAAAGAUGGUGAAACAUGUAUAUAUUCAUGUGGAUACAGCGAAGCAAAUCAAUAGAAAAUUCCAAACAUCAAUAAAUUAACGUCUAUUGUAAUGCAACUCAUAAGGGCACACAGAAACCAACAUCAUGGCACAAGCUGCUCCAAAUAACCAGAGAAAGAUUGUGAAAGCAUGUAUAUAUUAAUGUGAUUACAGCGAAGCAAAUCAAUAAAAAUAAAAAAUAAAAAAUCAAUCUAAUUCUAAUACAGUCAGCAAACCCUAAUCAAAUUUAGUCAUAAAAAGCCCACAUCACCCAACAAUCCAUAACAAGCCAACCUAACUAAAACUACAUUAUCCAAAAACUAAUCCAUUCUAGCAAAUCAACCUAAGCAAGCAAAUCACCUCCUUCAAAAGUACCACAAAGGCAAACUAACUAACCCAUAAAAACCAAUCAAUCCAACCAACCAAUCCAACCAACAUGGAACUCAACCAAAAUUCUAACAAACAACCAUAAACCAACAUCAACACUCAAUUUAAAACUCCCAAACCAGAUUUGAGUUUCACCAACACAUCCAUCAAACCACUCCAAAACUCAACUUCAAGAACACUAACAACCCACACGGUCCAACCUUCAUGAAACCAAAUGGAAAUUCCAUCACCACCACACCAUUCCAUUUGGCCUAGCUUAGGGAAAUACCCAUAAAAACAAUUCAAAUCAAACGUCAACUCAAAGACAUAGCAAAAGCCCCAAAAUUCCCAAACAAAACCCUAGAUUCGGACCCAAUUAAAAAUCUCACAAAUUAAUAUGAUUUCAAGCUAUCAAUCCAAUGGGUGUGAUGGAAUUUAUAGAGGAAAGCUUCCAUGGACGAAAUGCCCACAUAAACAACUCAAAAAUCAACAAAAAUCUCCCAAAACCGCAACCCAUACUUAUUAACCUAGAAUUUGAAUCUAAGAAGAUUUCUAACAACCCACAAGCUUUUCUAGCUCCAAACUCAAUGGGUAUCGCGAAAAUAUAAACAACACUAAAGAUUUUACCUCAUAAAGGACCCAUGACAAAAAAAUAAACCAUUUCUUCUUCUUCUUCUUCUCUUUUCCUCCUAUUUUUUCCUUCUCUUCGGUCUGCAGGUCACUCUCUCUAAAUCUUGUUCCCCAAGUAGGCCUAAAGGGCCCAAUACCUCGUGCCCGAAAUCUAGAUCCGCUCUAAAUCCGAAUAAUCCGACCUGGUCACCGAGCGCAAAACGGGCCAAAACCCCUACGCAAAACCCCCGAGAAAGGCUCAAGGCUUUUGGCUUGGAAAGAUCCUGUUUGCACCAUCCAUGGCGAACAUCAUUUCGCGAAACGUGAAUCAUCUCCGCUACGUCAAUCUCUGUCUCAGCCGAUUCAGAAGAUUGCCGAUACCUUCUCCACCGCUCGCCGAUACAACUCCUCUCCGAACUCUUCCUCUUCUUCAAUCGGUUGUACCACUAGGUUUCGGAAUUCAGUCUUUAGGAAUAUAUCAGAGAUGUCUGUUUGGUACUUCUACUGCCUCUGUUAAGCCGGAAAAUCAAGCAUCAAACAGUUCUGGAGAGGCUAACUCUGGCAAUGGAAAUCAUUCAGGAGGAUCACAUCAGAGCAGUGAAUCUGGAAAAUCUGUUCGAGGAGGGCCUGUUUCGUGGUUGAGUUUUCUUUUGCUCAUUGCUACGGGAGCAGGAUUGAUCUUCUACUACGACAAGCAAAAGAAACAACAUAUUGAAGAAAUUACUAAUGCUUCAGAGGCAGUAAAACAGGGACCAUCUGUGGGACAAGCAGCCAUCGGGGGCCCAUUUAAUCUUAUGAAUCAUGAUGGGAAGCAUGUUACUGAAAAGGACCUUUUAGGGAAAUGGACAUUGAUAUAUUUUGGCUUCACUCACUGCCCUGACAUCUGCCCAGAGGAGAUACAGAAGCUAGCUGCUGCAAUUGAUAAAAUAAAGGAAAAGGCAGGGAUUGAAAUUGUACCUGUUUUCAUCUCUGUUGAUCCCGAGAGGGACACUGUCGAGCAAGUAGCCGAAUAUGUCAAAGAGUUCCAUCCAAAAUUAAUUGGGCUAACUGGUACCCCGGACGAGAUACGGAAUGUUGCUCGUGCAUAUCGAGUUUAUUAUAUGAAGACAGCAGAGGAAGACUCUGAUUAUCUUGUCGAUCACUCAAUAGUCAUGUACUUGAUGGGUCCUGAUAUGCAAUUUGUAAAAUUCUUUGGGAAAAACAAUGAUGUUGAUUCACUUACUGAUGGCGUGAUUAAAGAGAUCAAGCACAAGCAGUACAAGAAAUAGAGUAUUUAUCUUAUACUUCUUCCCCUAAAAAUGAUUUUUGUAUGGUCAAUUUUGAAGCUUCUCUUCUUGCAGACUACUUUUUUUGAAUUCCUGUAGUAUUGCGGGCAAUGUAAUGAGAUUGUUCUCAAGAGGUAAUUUGUUCUACUUGGUAUAAUAAAAUUUUGAGAUGGCUGAGAA